GCGCGCUCUCGCCCCGCCUAUACCUCGGUUCGCGCCAGCGCCUGCGCGCUCAGGGCCUUUUACAGCGCCGUAAAGCAGCGCGGCCGAAGCAGCGGCUUCAGUUCCCGGCAGCGGCAUGGAGGCGCGCUUCACGCGCGGGAAGUCAGCGCUGCUGGAGCGCGCGCUGGCACGGCCGCGCACUGAGGUGAACCUGAGCGCUUUUGCGUUGCUAUUCUCCGAGCUGGUGCAGCACUGCCAGAGCCGCGUCUUCUCCGUGGCCGAGCUGCAGGCGCGCCUGGCCGCGCUGGGCCGCCAGGUGGGCGCACGGGUGUUGGAUGCGCUGGUGGCUCGCGAAAAGGGUUCCCGGCGGGAAACCAAGGUGCUGGGCGCACUGCUCUUUGUCAAGGGCGCCGUGUGGAAGGCGCUCUUCGGCAAGGAGGCCGACAAGCUGGAGCAGGCCAACGACGACGCGCGCACCUUCUACAUCAUCGAGCGCGAGCCUCUCAUCAACACCUACAUCUCGGUACCCAAGGAGAACAGCACGCUCAACUGCGCCAGCUUCACAGCGGGCAUCGUGGAGGCAGUGCUCACGCACAGCGGCUUUCCCGCCAAGGUCACGGCGCACUGGCACAAGGGCACCACGCUCAUGAUCAAGUUCGAGGAGGCGGUCAUCGCCCGAGACCGCACUCUGGAGGGCCGCUGACCCCGCGGCAGAUAAAGGAUGCGGAGAAUACCCGU